GAUUUAGAGUGCAAAAUGCUGCUGUUCUUGCUGGUUGUGCUGCUUUUCGUCGCCGGAUGGAUCGUUCAUCUUGGCCAGGCCGAUCGUCGUCGGAAAGUGGCCAAUUUGCCGGGACCCGUGUGUCCGCCACUCAUCGGCGCCCUCCAACUUAUGUUCCGUUUGAACCCGAAAACUUUUCUGAAGUUGGGUCGCCAGUACGUGACUGAAUUUGGUCACCUGCAGCGAGUGUGGGUCUUCAAUCGCCUGCUGAUUAUGAGUGGCGAUGCGGAGUUGAACGAGCAGCUCCUGAGCAGCCAGGAGCACCUGGUGAAGCAUCCGGUCUACAAGGUCCUGGGUCAGUGGCUGGGCAAUGGGCUACUCCUCAGCGAUGGGAAGGUGUGGCACCAGCGCCGCAAGAUCAUCACUCCCACGUUCCACUUUUCGAUCCUGGAGCAAUUUGUGGAGGUGUUCGACCAGCAAUCCAACAUCUGUGUUCAGAGACUGGCUCAAAAAGCUAAUGGUGAGGAAUUCGAUGUCUACAGAAACAUUUGUGCCGCAGCCUUGGACAUUAUUGCUGAAACGGCUAUGGGCACUAAAAUAUAUGCUCAGGCCAACGAGAGUACUCCUUAUGCGGAGGCAGUUAAUGAAUGCACUGCCCUGUUGAGCUGGAGAUUCAUGUCUGUUUACCUGCAAGUGGAGCUGCUCUUCACCCUCACCCAUCCUCAUCUGAAAUGGCGUCAAACCCAACUCAUCCGCACCAUGCAAGCUUUUACCAUUAAGGUUAUUGAGCAGCGUCGUCAGGCGUUGGAGGAGCAGCAGAAACAAUCGAAACUUGUGGACACCGCCGACGAGGAUGUGGGCUCUAAACGGCGAAUGGCCUUGUUGGAUGUCCUGCUGAUGUCCACUGUGGAUGGAAGGCCUUUAACCAACGAUGAAAUUCGCGAGGAGGUGGACACAUUCAUGUUCGAGGGUCACGAUACCACCACGAGUGCUCUUUCCUUUUGUCUGCAUGAGCUCUCGAGGCAUCCGAGGGUCCAGGAGAAAAUGCUAGAGGAGAUCCUGCGAGUUAUUGGCAACGAUCGCAGCAGGCCAGUCAGCAUUCGGGAUCUUGGGGAGCUCAAGUACAUGGAGAGCGUCAUUAAGGAGUCGCUGAGGAUGUAUCCACCUGUGCCUAUCGUUGGCCGCAAACUACAGACUGACUUUAAAUACACAAACUCCAAAUACGGAGAUGGAGUAAUCCCAGCUGGUUCAGAGAUCAUAAUCGGAAUCUUUGGAGUCCAUCGACAGCCGGAGACCUUUCCCGAUCCCGAUGAAUUCAUUCCCGAGCGCCAUGAAGAAGGAAAUCGCGUUUCCCCCUUCAGGUUCAUUCCCUUCAGUGCCGGACCUCGAAACUGCAUUGGCCAGAAGUUCGCCCAGCUGGAGAUGAAGAUGAUGUUGGCCAAGAUCGUGAGGGAGUACGAACUCCUGCCGAUGGGUCCUCGCGUGGAGUGCGUUGUGAACAUCGUCCUUCGAUCGGACACGGGAUUUAAGCUUGGAAUGCGCAGGCGCAGCAGUACAUAACUUUUAAAGGUUUACAGGGAAUAGGUAUUAUAGUUUAUGACUGAAAAGACAAUUCAUUAAAGUAUAAAAAUCAAAGGCGACAUAUAUGUGAUUGAAAAUAAAAGGAUGUAGGUA